AUGCGGAAGUUGCGUCGAAAAGGCAGAACCAUGGCAACCGAAAAGCGACCACGCACCUCCUUCACAGUCACCCAGAUAAAUCGACUCGCCGCGGAAUUCGAUAAGAACAGGUACUUGAAUGAGGUGCGUCGCAAGAAUUUGGCCCGAGAACUAAACUUAAAAGAGUCGCAAGUCAAAAUAUGGUUCCAGAAUAAAAGAGCGAAGGCCAAAAAGAUAUCUGGUGUCCGUAACUCCCUCGCAUUUUAUCUACUAGCUGAGGGGCUCUACAACCACUCUGUUCGUGUGGAACGAUCCCCACAGGAAGACUAG